CGACAGAUAUUUUUGAUUAAUGUAUGAUUUGACCAAUGCUUUAACAUUGGAUUUUUACGUAACGAAAAAAAAAUGUUCGUACCGAAUUUUCGACGACAACCAUUGUAUAUAUUCAUAUUGUUUCAAAUCAUCUUUUUCAUAUUGUAUUAUACAUUUCAAAAUCCUAAUUGCAUUUUUAGUCCAAAGCCUGAUUAUGAAUGGAUCUCAUCCGAGAAAUAUAUUUCCAUCGAUGGAAAACAAAAACAUCUUUAUGAUCACAAUAUGCCAUUGAUAUUUAUUGGUGGUAUGCCAAGAAGCGGUACAACACUUUUAAGAGUCUUAUUGGAUGCACAUCCAGAUAUUCGAUGUGGUGAAGAAACUAGAGUCAUCCCACGUAUACUCAGCAAUCGUCAAUCGUGGUUAAAGGCACCAUUCGAAUCGAAACGAUUACAAGAAGCUGGUAUUACAACCGAAGUUCUUGAUUCAGCCAUAAGAGCAUUUAUUCUGGAAAUAAUUGUUCGUCAUGGAAAACCAGCUCCACGUCUUUGCAACAAAGAUCCGUUUACACUUCGUUCGGCCCACUAUUUGCAAUAUCUUUUUCCAAAUUCCAAAUUUAUUUUCAUGAUUCGUGAUGGUCGAGCAGUUGUGCAUUCUAUUAUAUCGCGUAAAGUUACCAUCUCAGGUUUCGAUUUAAAUGAUUAUCGAGAUUGUUUAAAAAAAUGGAACACAGCCAUGACUCAUAUGUAUGAACAAUGCAACAAAUUAGGACCAGAAAAAUGUUUUCCUGUCUAUUAUGAACAGCUUGUGCUAAAUCCAACAAAAUGGAUGCAUAAAAUAUUGGACUUUCUCGAUGUUCCAUGGAACAGUACCGUAUUGCAUCAUGAAAAAUUAGUUGAAAUGGGUGAUAUUUCUCUUUCCAAAUUGGAAAGAUCUACUGAUCAAGUGAUUAAACCGAUCAAUUUAGAAGCUCUAUCAAAAUGGGUUGGCCACAUACCGGAUGAUGUUGUGAACGAUAUGUACAAGAUUGCCCCAAUGCUAAAAAAAUUGGGCUACGAUCCAUUCGCUAAUCCACCGAAUUAUGGGGAACCAGACCCAUUAGUAAAGGAAAAAAUGGAUGAAUUAGAUAAGAACAAACAGCAUUGGGAUAAUGUACAGAAACAGGUCGUCCAAUUACGAAAUGAAAUCCGACAGCAUAUCAUAAACAAAAGCACAGUGCUCCACAAAUCAAUUGAUGAACAACCACAUUCAAACGAAGGUAGCCAAUCAUUGAACUCUAGAUGAUGAAAAAAAAUCGGCAGCUAAAUUAAUUUACCUCAGCCAAAAUAAAUCGAUUACAUCUAUAGCUUAAAAUUUUUUUCUAUCUUAUAAUAGUGAUCCCUUGGUCCAUAAAUCUUUGGACAUCAACAAACAUU